AUGGAUGCGCUCUUGAGAACCCUGGGAUACCAGACUGUCAAUAUCGCCCUUAAAUCAGGCCUGGUUUUUACGGGCAAAUAUGCAAUCCAGCAGUGUUCUAGGCUAUUGAAAACAAUCAAUGACAAGUCCAUCUACGCUGAACUCAGAUCGUUGGAGCGGUUAUUGGAGAGCAAGAUCAAGAUCAUCUCACCUGCCCUAGACUUAAUCGAGUUCAAAUCUGCUCGUGGAAACAUAUUCCUGGAAUCGGCUGUACCCCUUGCAAAGUCUCUUCAUCGAGAGAUCAUCCGGCUGGGCAAGAGACUCGAGAAUGCAGCCGCUGCUGAAGAAAAGGCUUCUCAGAGGCCAAGAGUCCGUAUAUCCGAGGAGCAUCAUGCUGAACUCCUUCUCAUCAUCAAGGAGAUGAAAGAACUCCUCGACCGCAUAGAUCGUGACAUCCCCCUCAUCCAGCUUGCCAUCACUGCUUCUGGAGAAAAAAUGGCAUCAACUAUGACUCCGGGUAUCUCACCUUCAAGAUUGAUGCAGGCUAGUACCCUCCUAUCUUUUGCAGAUGCCCAGUUUGCGGUUGAUCCGAAUCGUCCGGUCCAAGUUGGUGCUUGCUUCACUCUCUCGUUAUACAUGCUAUUCGUCGGUCAUGCUCAGCCCAAGGACGGCUCCAAAGGAGAAUACGUUUACGGCAUUAGCGAUGGAGAGAGGAAGCCUAUAUGGCAGGAAGUCAUGCAUAAAGCCAGGGUUCGGAUUUGCCGCACUCCAAUAGACUGGGUGUUUGAUCCUUCUUUGGGCUAUCGUCCGCCUACUGUGCCAAGUACACAGCUCAAGAAGUUUGACUCUAAACUGGCCUGUCUGACAGAGCUAGGGCAUUUGGGGGAAUAUGCAUACUACCUUGAGAUUAUCGAAGACCUAGAUGAUGGAAGAAUUCACGAUGACGGACCUCGGCCCAAACCCUAUGAUGACAUGCCGCUCGCUGGUAUCAGGGAAUCAGUUCCUAUCUAUCAGAUCUCCAAGAUAUUUUAUACAGAUACUGGGAGGAUGCUGAACAUCGGCUCUGAUGACAAAGCCAGUAACCCAGCUCUUCUGUUGAAACGGGACAUUAAGGCCAAGUCUCCUAUCAGACUGAGGCGAGAGUGGCUCGACGACUCGGAAAGUGAAGGGGCAGACGGCUCGCGAAAUGUUGACGAGCAGGAAGAAGUUGACCGCCAGCUUUGGUAUGACACAGAACAUCGGGAAGAACUCCAGCCAACCUAUCUGCCUGCACAUCUAGACCCAGAGUGGCUGGCACUAGAAGUAUACAAUGACGAGGAGGACGACCAAACCGAAACAGCAGACGAAGAUGAAGGUGAUGCAGAAGACACGAGGAGUGAGCAUUCAGCAACUCCGAAACGAGGUUCAACAACGACGAUCCGCUCUCCACGCAAUAAAAGCACUGUUGAUACCAAACUCCUCGAUCAAAUUCGCCGUAUCACUAUCCGCCCCGAUCCCAUUCAGCAGUCUCAGGAACUUGUUACCAGAUCCUCUUCCGUCCAUCAUAAGGCUGUAAUUGGAAAAAGCGAAAUCCAAAAAGAGCCAACAGCAGAGAAACUACCUAAUGUCACGCGAAACCCCUUUUUCGGAUCGGCGCAAAUCUCGUCUUCUCUCUCGCUGCUUGAGAUGCUCGUUCGUUUGACCAGUUUGCAAGAGUUCCAGCAGACGUCACAUCUCGCAAUCCCCGACCACAUUCUGACAUUCUUCCUGGAGGAAACGUCGACAACGGGACUGAAGGGAGAGGCACAAUGGAGGGCAAGGACUGAGGCAAAGGAGAGAAUGGGAUUUGAUCCGUACCUUGACGGGGAUGAACAAGGGGCUGUGGGUGAGGAGAAGGAAGGUAUUAAGUGA